GGGGGCGGGGCGAGCCGGGCUCGGGGGCGGGGCGAGCCGGGCUCGGGGGCUGGAGUCCGAGCCGGGCUCCGGGAGUUAGUUACAGUUUCUCCCGGCCGCGGACACCAUGGGCCAGUCCGGCUGCCCGCUGCGGGGCCUCCUGCUUCUGGCUCUGAUCGGUCGCCCAGGCUGCCUGGCCGUGGUGCAGAUCUCAGUGCCAGCGCAGGUCGAGGUGCUCCUGGGAUCCCCGGUCACCAUCCCCUGUACGCACAGUAUCACCGGGUCGCCUGACGCCCGCCUGGUGGAAUGGUUCAUCACGGACCGGGAUGGGGAGCGGCGCCGUGUGGCUUACAGCGAGGGGGGCCGCGGGGGGGUGGACCAGGGCACCGAGUACUCAGGCCGUGUCCACAUGGACCCCGAUCUCAGCCUGGUCCUGCCGAAGGCCGACGUGAGCGACGAGCGGGCCUUCUCCUGCCAGGUGACAGCGGGCACUGCAGGCAGCGCCGAGGGGGUGGCCCAGCUCCGGGUGUACGAACCGCCCGAGCCCCCGGCGCUCACUGCUAACCCCGGGAUCCUGUCCGUGAUGGAGCGGUCGGCAUCAGAGAUUGCCACCUGCAGCAGCCGGAACGCCAACCCCGCCCCCACCAUCAGCUGGUUCAAGGAUGGGGCCCGCCUGGAAGCCCCCACUGAACGCAAUGACGACCUUUACGUGGUGUCUCGCUCUGUGAAGGAGGCCUCAGGGCUGCAGUCUGUGUCCAGCACCCUCUAUCUGCGCCCCAGCAAGGCCGAUAAGGAUGCCCAGUUCCAGUGCCUGGUCCAGUAUCCACUGCCCCGGGGGCAGGUGGGCAACACCACCUCAGAGCGCUUCAGCCUCAUGCUGCACUAUUUCACGGAGAACGUGGAGUUCACGCUGGAGUCUCCCGUGGUGAUCAAGGAGGGGGACGACGUGAGGCUGCGGUGCCAGGGGGAUGGGCAGCCUGAGCCGGAGUACAUCUUCUACCGAGUGCAGGCCUCCCAGGCCGUGGAACUGGCCACCAAGCAGGACGGGGUCCUGACCCUGCCCAGCGUUUCCAGGGCCAGCAGCGGGACCUACCGGUGCCAGGUGCUGGACUUCGACAGCCCGCCUGAGGUGCAGCUGGAGAAGGAGGUGAUCAUCCACGUCAACUACCUGGACCCCCUGACCCUGCACCCAGGCAGACGAGUGACAGUGCCCCUGGGUGGAGAUGUCACACUCACCUGCUCCGGACAGGGCUCCCAGCCCCCCAAACUGGUGUGGAGGAAGGGCAAGGAGCGAGUGGCUCAUGGUGACACCCACACCCUGCACUCGGUCUCGUACCAAAUGGCCGGCACUUACACCUGCGAGGCCUCUGUGCCCAGCGUCCCGGGGCUGCAGCGGGACCAGACCAUCCAGGUUACCGUGGAAGGGAAGCCGGAGAUGGAGGAGCGCCCGACCCGGCACCAGCUCCUGGCCGAGGGGCAGCGCAUCCAGCUGACCUGCUCCGCUCUGGGGCACCCUGAGCCGGAGCUCAGCUGGAGUCUGCCGGGGGUGAAGCCGGUGGUGAGCAGCACAGGGAACCAAGUGAUGAGCGAGGUGAUGGUGGAGGUGACGGCGGCACUGGCCAAGUCCGGGAUCUGGUGCCGGGCCAGGAACCGGUUUGGGGAGGCCACGCAGCACUUCAUCCUGGAGAUUGAACCCCCAGCAGCUACCCCCUCCUCUUCCCCCCCAGCAGUCGGGGGCGCUGAGCCCCAGGGUGGCAGCGGCGCUGCGGUUGUGGCUGUCGUGGUCUGUGUCCUGCUGCUCCUGCUCAUCGUCGGCUUCUUCUACUGCAUGCAGCGCCGGGGACAUCUGUCCUGUGGGGCGGGGGAGAAGAGAUCACUGACACCCAAGGAGGGCGGCGCGGAGGACCCGGCUGUGGAGAUGAAGACGGACAAACGGAACGAGCAGACGGGGCUGCUGAGCCCGAGCGGGGGCGGGGGCGACGGGGGCCACGAGUGCUGAGCCCUGCCCCCCAGCGGACGGCUGAACCGGGAACCCCCCAGAGGCAGAGGAGGCUGGGACUGCGGCCGGGAGAAGAUGGGCUUUGUCCCCCAUUUCCCCCCAGGGAGCUGGGGGAGCAUUUACUCCUUCACCCCCAGUUCUUUUGUGUCAAUGCCUCGUUUAUAUCAAGAGACUUUUUCAGAUGCCCGGGGCCUCCCCUUGAGCCCCCCCUGGACUCCCCAGCCCCCCAGCACACACUGUCCCCCUAUGAGUUCCAUCCCCAUGGAUUCCCUGCUCCCCUCAGCAUCUGGAGAAAGGGGAGACCCCCACCUGUCCCCAGUUAUGGGGGUCAGGGCCAGGUGGGCAUGUUCCAUCCAUGCCCAACCCUUCCACAGCACCCCCCUGACCCACAUCCACUACACCCCCAGCAGCCCCCCAGCUCUGGUACCCUCAGGAUCUAUCCUGCCCUAGCACCAGGGUCCCCCCUUACCCACAGCACAUUCCCCUCGGGGUCUAACUGCUCAUGGUAGCAGCCCCCCAUCACCUUCCCUCCACCACCUCCAGCAUUGGUACCCCCAGAACACACACCCCUCCCCCCCCCUCUGCCCUUCCCUGUGUCCCCCAACACCUACAGCCUGUUUCCACCCCCCCCACUGGGCUGUAUGACCAGGUGGCCCCCCGCCCGGUACUGUAUUUGUCUCUGGUUGUGAAUGUUUUUUUACGAGACCUGUUUGUUUCCCAGCAUUUUGGGGGUGGUUCUGCUGCCCCCCCUAAGGGGUCUAUUCCUAUCUGUGCCCCCAUCCCCGGGGCCUUCUCUAGUCGUGACACUGGCUUGGGAUGUGGGUGUUUAUUUUACUGCAAUGUCUGUUGGGGGUACUGGAGCUGAGAUGCGGGGGGGGAACCUGGGGGAUCCCUGAGACAGGGCAGGCCCCCCACAGGAGCCCUGUUCUGGCAGCUCUACUAACCCCUCCAUGGGAUCCCCCAGACCUCCACCUUCCUGCUCCGAGGUGCCAAGAGCCUGGGGCCCUCCCCCAGUGAAAGACCUGGGCCCCUGCCCCAGCCACAGGGGCCAAGCCCCAUCCUCCCACCCUGGGGAGCUGCAGUCCUUCGCCAAGUGCCGACCCCUCCCCCUCUUGAGCCCAAAUGGGGCUAUUUAUGGCUCUCUCCUGCCCCCCAGCUCAGGGGGCCACCACAGAGGGGUGGGGGGAGGGAGCACGGACCCUGCCCCCCACCAGAAUUAUCCAUCCCCACCAUCAUUCCAGGCCUGACAAGGCCCCAUCAAUCCCAGCACCCUUGUCCCCCGUCUCAUUGGCAUCCCCCAGCUGCACCAGAAGGGGAUGGGGCUAGGACCCUAGGCCCCCCUUUUCCCAGCCAGCCAGCAGGGGGCAGCAACCCCCGAGCAACCCUCCCCCGGCAUGGGCCACCACCCCCUUGGGAAGAGCCUUGGGGGAGGGGGCUCCAGCCAGGGUGAAUUUCCCCCCCAUCCCCAGUGGCUGGUCGGUCUAGUCCACAAGCCCCUCACAUAGGGGAACCAGCUAGCAAGGGGGGAGGGGGUCAUAGGUAAGACGAAGCCCUGAAUAUCAGGACAUCUGGUCACCCUACCCCCUUCAGCUCCAGUGGGGGCCCCCCCCAUUAUUCUGCCUGUUGCCUGCUGCCCCCCCUUCUACUUUACACUGAGGCUAAGUAUUAAAGAUUGUAACGCCUCCCCCCCA